AUUAACAAGGAUUACAAUUCAAAUGUAAAACUUUUUAAUGCAGCAACAAAUUGGUCAAAGCUUAAGCAGGAAUUAAAAUUCCAGUAUAUAAUGUAUAUAGUAUAUAAACAUAAAACUGAAUUGGAUAGAUCAGCCCCGUUGUCACCGAUUCCCGAUCCAGCUAUUUGAGUCAGUAUCGGCCCGAUAUCCGAUACAGUAUCGGUAUCAGUAUAUCAGUACGGUGAACUGCCAUGCAAUUUUUAUGAAAAUCUGUAAUGGCAACUCCUGAGCUCAGCGAGCUGCGGCCAUUUGAUUCUGUGGCGAUGUGCUGCCAAAUAAAAGUUGAGAAAAGUUUAACUUUUAGCGCCGAAGCGUGGCCAGAGAGUGGCCAGAGGGUGGCCAGAGAGUACCCGCAGCCAAUCAGUAAACAGAUCCUGUGACUCCUGUGAAAUGUUGACCUAUAUUACAAAAGAGUUUCUUUCCGCCUGAAACACAUGAAUGCGCCUCCUGUAUUGAAAGUGAUAGUGAUAGUUAUGAAAGGCGGAGAGAGAAUGGGUGAGACAUGCAGCAAAGGGCCGGGGGUUGUAUUUGAACUCGGGCUGCUGCAGUAAGGACUCAGCCUUUUUCAUUUAAUUCAACUUUUAUUUAAAUCUCGAGGAAUCAUUGAGGGCAUGCCCUCAUUUUCAAUGAUGUUGAGAGUACAAUAAAACAGAAUUUACAAUCAAACAAAAUAAAUACACACAGAACAUAAUUAACGAAUUACAAGAAGCAAUCAGCCAGACAACAAGCCUUAGUACAUAGGGCGCCCGCUCUACCAGGUGAGCUACCGGGGAACCCAGAAAAAUAUAAUUAUUGCAGUGAGCUGCACUUCGCUGCUGCCUGGUGUGAAUUUGGCGUUUGUCAGGAGGUAGGCCUCGGAGAUCAUUUGGUAGCAAGAUGGAUAGUGGUUUGAGACUCCGCUGAAGUGUAUAAAAACGUUUGUGGAGCUAAGCUUUUAGCACUCACUUAAUAAUUUUGGUAAAUACAUUUGAACAGUUCCUGAAUGGGGCGGUGAUAUGAAGAUCAGAGUUUACUUAACUACUUGGUUUCAUUGUGUCUAUGCUAGAGUUUGUGUGUAUACAUGUAUCUAUGUGUGUGUGUGAUACAGUUUGCUGACAUUUAGCUAUGUGUAUGUCUGGACAGGAGGCUUCAUGGGGACCAGAUUUGGGCAGUGUAGAACUGCUUUGGCCAGGUGGACCUGUCCUCACACACAACCUGCAUAUAGUGCUGGUGCAACUAAGCAUAUCUAAACCAAGGAAUCUUCUAAAGGUUUACAGCAUUGCAUCCUGAAGAGAGGGCAUGGUGUGCUCCUAGCCACUUGUGAAAAUGCCCAAGAAAGACUCCAAGAAAGACGCAAAGAAGGACGCAAAGAAGGGUGGAAAACCUGAACCAGAGAAAAAGAAAGAGGAGGAAAAGAAAGGGAAGGAUGACAAAAAGGGAGGAAAAGAUGACAAGAAAGCCAGCAAGGAUGAUAAGAAAGGUGGAAAGGAUGAUAAGAAAGGAGGGAAAGAUGACAAGAAAGGGGGGAAGAAGGGAAAGGAGGAGCCACCCAAGGGGAAAGAUGAUGGAAAGAAAGGAAAAGACAAAGGGAAAGGUAAGAAAGUGGAGUCUGAGGAGGAAGAGGACGAGCUCCUGAGUGAUGAGGAAGAGGAUGAAGAGUUCAGUGACGAGGAUGAUGAGGAAGACUCAGAGGAUGACAGAAGAGGGAAAGGGCGAGGAGGUAAGGGAGCUAAGGGAAAGAAAGGGGGGAAGUCUAGACGUGGGGACUCAGAAGAGGAUGACGAGGAGGAUGAAUACGACGAAGAUGAGGAUGACGACUACGAUUCUAAAAAGAAAUCUAAAGACGGCCGCCACCAUAAAGGAGGGAAAUCUGAUGCUGAUGCGAAGAAAAAGAAAGGCAAAAAGAAAGACGAGGCUCCGCAGCUUCCGAUAAAGGAAAUCCCAAAGAAAGGUCUGAAGAACAUGUCCAGGAUGUUCAUGAAGUUUUCUGGCUUCAAGAGGCGCCGGAACAGCAGGAAGAAACUGAAAAGUACAUCGCGUUUGUUCCUGGGGUUGGGGAAGAGAAAGAAUCGCCUUGCUAAGAAGAAACGCCGCAAAUCCAUGCUGAAGAACACCUCUCGAUUCAUGAUGAGGUUUAAGGCCAGCAAAAAGAAGAAAAAGGAGAAGGACGACAAAGAGAAGGAGAAUGGCGGGAAGAAGCCGUCCUACAUGCUGCUUCGUCUGGGAGGAGGGAAAGAAUCAAAUGAGAAGAAGGGGGGCUUCUUCAAAAACUUAUUUGGAAAAAAGAACAGCGAGGGGCCUCCUGAAGACUUCAAGAACAGAAGCGCGGUGCUGGGUAGGGUUGCAGCAGCAACUAACUGGCUGACCAAACGCUUCCUGUCCACUAAAAUGCGAGAACACCAUGGCUUGGGCAGACAUAGAUCACAUGGCCGACACGCCAGCUCCAGAGGUCAUCUUCAUGGUUACCAUAACAAUGGUUAUGAGCACGGGGAGGAGGCUUAUGGAUACGACCAGCAACAUACAGGCCGCCACAAAGGUCAUAGAGGCUAUGAUGAUGGUUAUGGCGGUUAUGGAGACGAGGCAUAUGCAGACCAGGGUCAGUUGGGUUACUAUGAAAAUGGAGCAAGGGUAGCAGACUAUCAAGACCAGGGUUACUAUGAGGAAGAAGGACUCUACGAUCCAAAUGCAGGAUAUUAUGAAGGUGAUCUUUACGAUGAUGGCAUGGGGGGCUACUACAACCCUGCCCAGGGCUACUAUAACAACCAGGAAGCUGAUUACUAUGGUUACCAGCAACAACAGGCAAUGUACGGUGACGAGGGUCUGAACUACUAUGCGCUAAUGGGUGAGGGCCAUGUGUAUGGUGGAGAUGUAGAUGGGUUCCUUGACCCUCAGGCUCAGGGUUAUUAUGAUGAAAAUGGUCAAGGAGUUUACUACGGUGAUGGACAGGGGGGUUACUAUGACAACGCACAGGCAGGUUAUUAUGAGGACCCUUAUGCAGCAACUAUGGGAAUGCAAGGGGGAUUACCACCAGACUAUCAACUUAGUUAUAUUGAUGCUGGCAUGCCCUACCAAGACUACAGCUCCCAGCAGGCCAUCGGGUUCCCACCAGGAGGCCAGCAGGUCAUGGGCUUUGGAGGGCAAGGGAUGGAUCAGGUACAGGGGCAGUAUGGGGACCAGUAUGCAGACCAGUAUAAUCAAUAUGGGGAUGAUAUCGGUGAAGUUCAGGGAGGGGAGAUGACAUUCAGAGUUCCGAGACCUCAAGUGCGCCUGUUUGGGAAAGAGCGUCUAGAUGUGCCCAUGCCCCCUCCACCUAUGUUGCCACCUGAUCCAGAAUUUGAAGACAUGUCAGAAAUCCAGUAUGAAGACCAGUAUUCUCUUGCACCAGGUCAGAUUGGUGACAUGAUGCAGCAGCAAAUGGGAAUGUCACCACAUCAACAAAUGAUGAUGUCACCACAACAGCAAAUGAUGAUGUCUCCUCAAGAGCAAAUGAUGAUGUCACCACAACAGCAAAUGAUGAUGUCUCCUCAAGAGCAAAUGAUGAUGUCACCACAACAGCAAAUGAUGAUGUCUCCUCAAGAGCAAAUGGUGAUGUCCCCACAACAGCAAAUGAUGAUGUCUCCUCAAGAGCAAAUGAUGCUUUCUCAACAAGAAAAUAUGUUGUCCCCUCAAGAGCAAAUGAUGAUGAUGCCCCCACAGAUUAUGUCACCACAGCAACAGAUGUUGUCACCACAGCAGCAGAUGAUGUUACAACAAGAACAGAGCAUGGCCGCCCAAAUGAUGCCACCACAGAGUCUGUCACCACAGCAACAAAUGAUGUUGCCACAGCAGCAAAUGAUGUUGCCACAGCAGCAGAUGAUGCCCCAGCAAAUGAUGUCACCACAAGAGCAGAUGAUGUCACAACAAAUGAUGUCACCACAAGAGCAGAUGAUGUCACAACAAAUGAUGUCACCACAAGAGCAGAUGAUGUCACAACAAAUGAUGUCACCACAAGAGCAGAUGAUGUUGCAGCAACAACAGAUGAUGUCGCCACAAAUGCUUUCACCACAGCAGAUGAUGACAGAUCCGAUGAUGAUGUCACAGGGUUAUGGCUCAGUGAUCCCUACUCCAACUGCCAUGAUCAUUAAGCAAGCAAGUAUGUCCCCCCGUCCUUCGCGGCGCCUGCAACCCUCUCCGACUCCAUCCCGCCGCUCUGUCAUCAUGCCCUCCCCACAGAUGCAGCGCCAUCCCUCUGCCAUGGCUUCUCCAGUACCCUCUCCUAUGCUUCAACAGAGACGCAGCCCCUCCCCACAACCAUCCAUGAGGAGUGGGUUUAUCAAUGCCCAAAGACCCACCUCUGUUAUGUCGAGACAAAUCUCAUCUCCUUCCUCCCCCAUGGCGUCCCCCCACGCCCGUCGUAGAAUGCAACCUCAGAGAUCACCGUCUCCCAUGGCUCGAGGACCCUCACCCCAUCACUCUCCCCGUACCUCCAUGAUCCGGCGAAGUCCUCCAGCCUCACCAAGAGCGUCAAUGAGACGACGUUCUCCACCUUCCUCACCCCGCGCAUCCAUGAGGAGGCGAAGUCCCCCAGCCUCACCCACGCCAGCCCGCAGCCCGUUUGGAGGGAGGACGAUGCGUGGUCCACAAUCCCCUCCCCUCUCCCCUGGUCAUGCAUCUCCCCCUCACUCUCCACAACUCAGUAGAAGACCAUCUCCCUCUCCCUCCCUAUCUCGUCGCAGUUUGUCCCCUGCAGGGCCUCGGCCUGCCCAAUCAUCUCCUACCCUCUCUCGUCGCUCAACUCGGCAGCUCAGGGAGCCAACGCCAAUGGCCCGGCCUAGGAUGGGGGGAAAUGUUCCAUUAGGUACUGUCAGACCCUCACCUAUGGGUCUCCGAGGGCGCCCAGUGCCCCCACCCACCCAGAAUGUGCGUCCAUUUCGUAACUCCUCCAUACGAAGCAAUAGGUCUUCUGUUCUCACAGUGGACUCCUCCCUCUGCUCCCCUUUUCACUCCCCUCACAUGGUGCACCGUGCCCCCAUGGGGAGGAGAGAAUCUGGACGGUUUCCUCCUCGCCCUGUGGCUCGAGGACGUCCCCUCCAGCAGUCUAUAAGAAGGAUGCCUCCCCCCUCUCCACAGCUCUCCCUUAAACACAUGCCGCAUCCUGCAUCCCCACGCCUCUCUCCUCGACUUUCUCGUCACUCCUCCCGCCGCCUGCCCCCUCGGUCUCUCCAUCCGCCCACUUAUGCACCAGAAACGUAUGUGUCUGGCCCCUAUGCUGAUCCUUAUACUGAGCAGUUAAUCGCCCCCUCUUCUCCCAUGUUAUCUGGUGCUUUGCGGAACCAGGCUAUCCGACAGGCCUCUUUUGCUUCCCCCUUUGGCCCAGAGCCAGUCCAGGUGGUAGACAUUGGUGGGAUGGUUACCGAAUAUGUAGAACCUUAUGCUCCCUCAUCCCCUUUGCUUUCUGGUGCAAUGCAAAACCAGGCAAUUCGGGAUGCAUCCUAUAUGUCCUCUCUGCAGAGACCAAUGUCCCCUUAUGAGCAACCCAUGGCCCCCUCAUCUCCCAUGAUGUCUCGUGCUCUGCAGAAUCAAGCUAUACAGAAUGCAUCUUAUGCUUCCCCUUUACAAAGGCCAAUGUCCCCUUAUGAGCAACCCAUGGCCCCCUCAUCUCCCAUGAUGUCUCGUGCUCUGCAGAAUCAAGCUAUACAGAAUGCAUCUUAUGCUUCCCCUUUACAAAGGCCAAUGUCCCCUUAUGAGCAACCAAUGGCCCCCUCAUCUCCCAUGCUGUCUCGGGCUCUGCAGAAUCAAGCUAUACACGAUGCAUCUUAUGCUUCCCCUUUACAAAGACCAAUGUCCCCUUAUGAGCAACCCAUGGCCCCUUCAUCUCCCAUGCUGUCUCGGGCUCUGCAGAAUCAAGCUAUACAGGAUGCAUCAUAUGCUUCCCCUUUACAAAGGCCAAUGUCCCCUUAUGAGCAGCCUAUGGCCCCUUCUUCCCCAAUGCUGUCUGGAGCUCUGCAAAACCAGGCUUUGAGAGAAGCCUCCUAUGCGUCUCCUCUUCAGAGGCCUCAGUCCCCAUAUGCCUCAUCUGUACCUUCAUCUCCAAUGCUCUCUGGAGCCAUGAGACAUGGUCAGGCACUAAGAGGUGUGGCUUCUUAUCAGACUCCACAGCUCCAUUCACCAUACGGACCGACUGUUGUCACUCCAUAUGAUUACAUCACUGAGCCUGGUCCAUCACCACUGCUUAAUGACGCCCUACUGAACCGCGCUAAUUUGCAGAAUGUCUCAUCUUUAAGAUCCCCUAUGAUGCAGCGCCGUAACCCUUACGCACCAGCUGGGCCUCAGCUCCAUCAUGCUCUUCAACAGAACCCAAACCUCCGCCAAGCAUCUUUUCAGACACCUAUGCAACUCAGACGGUCCCCAUAUGGACCCCCACCGCCCUCUUCACCAAUGUUAGGAAGUGCCCUGCAAAACCGGCAGUUGAUGCAGGCAUCGUACCGGCUGCCAGAUGGAAGCUUGGUGUCACCAUACGCAAGUUCACCUUCCUCCCCGAUGCUCGGCCAUGCCUUGCAAAACCAACAACUCCGUGGAGCCUCGUACACCUUGCCUGAUGGAUCAAUAAUCAGGGACCCACGUCUCCCCCAGCAGCCCAUGUCUCCAAACCUUUCCAGAGCUCUUCAGAACCCGAAUGUCAGGACUGCUUCAUAUACUCUCCCUGAUGGCACCAUUGUAGACCCGAGACAGCAACAACCCAUCUCCCCCAACCUGGCUAAGGCGCUGAGCAACCCGGCUCUGCGUGCAGCCUCCUAUUCGCUGCCCGAUGGCACCAUUGUGAUUGACCCCAAUAAACCGAAGUCCCCGAACCUUACAGCAGCACUUCAGAACCCUUACCUGAAAAUUGCAUCUUACACCCUGCCCGAUGGUACUAUCAUCAUUGAUCCACGGAAACCUGUCUCCCCGAACCUCUCCGGCGCCCUUCAAAACUCUGCCCUGCGGAACGCCUCCUUCACAUUACCAGAAGGGGUCCAGGACCCCAAUACACCCAUCUCACCAAACCUGGCUAAGGCCCUCAAUAACGCAGCCUUGAGAGGAGCUUCGUACACCCUCCCAGAUGGAACUAUUAUAGUGGACCCAAGGAAACCAAAGAGCCCCAACCUGGCAGCUGCCCUGCAGAAUCCCUAUCUAAAGGGUGUGUCCCUCACCCUGCCUGAUGGAACCAUCAUCAUUGACCCACGGAAACCAGUUGGCCCUAACCUGUCUUCAGCUCUUUCGAAUGAGGGCCUUCGAGGUGCAUCAUACCGGCUCCCUGAUGGUACCCUGGUUAUCCCCGGCCAGAAGCCCAACCUUUCAUCUGCUCUGAGGCGAAACACGGCACUUCGGUCUACAGAUCUCUAUAAUCUAACAGAAAGCUCUGGGCUGUCAGGCGCACCCAAACCCAAAACUCCCAACCUAUCCUCUGCGCUGCGGAACGAGGAACUCCGUGGUAUCAAUUACAGGCUGUCAGACCGCUCUGUUCUCACACGUCGGUUCCAUAACCCAAGUCUGACUGAAGCCGUCCAAAACCAGCAGCUUCGCUAUGCCUCAUACAGGGUGCCAACAGGCCUGCAGGGGGAGGAUAACCGCUAUGCUGUGGUUCCACCCUAUGGGCCGCACUCAGGACACUGGGCCAGGAAUGCCCGAGGAGGAGGGGAAGGAGGAGAAGACGUGUGGGCGGCUGAGAGGGUUUUACCACACGAGACGGUCCAGAAUCUGUCAAAGUGGUCCAUGUACAGAGAAGAAGGGGUGUUAGAAGGAUUUUCACCCACACCUCGACCUGUGGGCGGACAGCCUCGGGACCCAAACUGGGCUCCGGACAGAGUUAGAGUACCUGGCAAAAGCUGGUAUGACAAGAUCUACGCUAUCCUGAGCAUGCCCACAACCGGCCACAGGGUGAAACGCUGGGCGGAGGGGAUGGAGGACAUGACACAGCUGCCUGAGCUGAAUGACACCACAGUUCUGAUGAACCUGAAGAAGCGCUACGACCAGGAACUUGUAUAUAGCUACAUAGGCAGCAUCCUCGUGUCUGUGAAUCCCUACAAGUUGCUCAACAUUUAUGGGACAGACAUGGUGCUUCAGUAUGAGGGCCGCGGCCUGACUGACAACCCUCCUCAUCUUUUUGCCAUUGCUAAUCUCUCAUAUACCACCAUGAUGGAUGCCAAAAAGGACCAGUGUAUUGUGAUCAGCGGAGAAAGUGGGUCAGGAAAGACUGAAGCUACUAAACUGAUCCUGCGUUACCUGACAGCCAUACAUCACAAAGGCAACGUCACACAACAGAUAGAGAUCCUGGAGGCCACGCCCCUGUUGGAGUCUUUUGGGAAUGCCAAAACGGUGCGCAAUGACAACUCGUCACGCUUUGGCAAAUACACGCAGAUCUACAUGGAGGAGGGUGUAAUCAGCGGUGCCAUAACGUCUCAAUACCUGUUGGAGAAGUCCCGCAUUGUCUUUCAGGCCAAAUCGGAGAGGAACUAUCACAUCUUCUAUGAGAUGCUGGCAGGUCUUCCUCCUCAUGAGAAGCACUCACUGUAUCUGCAGGAAGCUGAGACUUACUACUAUCUGAAUCAGGGAGGGGAUUGUACCAUAGAGGGAAAGGAUGAUGGAGAGGACUUCAGGCGUCUGCUGAGUGCCAUGGACAUCCUGUGUUUCACCCCAGAGGAGCUAAACAGCAUCUACAGACUGCUGUCCUCCGUCCUCCAUCUGGGGAACGUCUACUUCCAGCCACACCAGGCUGAGGGUCAGGAGGUCGCGUCAGUGGUGAGUGCGCAGGAGAUCAGGAUGGUAGCUGAGCUGCUGCAGGUCUCACCUGACGGCCUACAGAAAUCUGUCACCUUCAGACUGACGGAUACAGUAAGGGAGAAGAUCUUCACGCCGCUCACAGUGGAGAGUGCUGUGGAUGCCAGAGAUGCUGUUGCCAAGAUCCUGUACUCGCUGCUGUUUAGUUGGCUGACGGAGCGCAUCAACGGACGGGUCUACCCUCGCAACGAAGCCCUCUCCAUCUCCAUAUUGGACAUAUAUGGAUUUGAGGAGCUACAGGUGAACAGUUUUGAGCAGCUGUGCAUCAACUACGCCAAUGAAACGCUGCAGUUCUUCUUUAACAAGGUCAUCUUCCAGGAGGAGCAGGAGGAGUACAUGCGGGAGCAGAUCCAGUGGCAGCAGCAGCCCUUCAGCCACAACCAGGCCUGUCUCGACCUUAUCGCUGCUAAGCCUCAUGGGAUACUGCGCAUACUGGAUGACCAGUGCGGCUUCCCUCAGGCAACAGACCACACCUUCCUUCAGAAGUGCCACUAUCACCAUGGAAACAACCCGCUAUAUGCCAGGCCAAAGAUGCCACUGCCAGAGUUCACCCUGAAACACUUUGCUGGGAAAGUCACGUAUCAGGUGCACAAAUUCUUGGAUAAGAACUUCGACACGGUCCGCCAGGAUGUUUUAGACCUCUUCAUCCAGAGCAACAACAGAAUGGUAUCCAGCCUCUUCUUAAAGCAUUCAGAGUCUGCGUCUAACGGCCGGCGCAGCAGCGCAGCUCGUCGUUAUCAGGCCAACACGGUCAGCGCAAAGUUCCAGAGCAGCCUGCAGGAGCUGCUGGAGAAGAUAGAAAGGUGUAACCCUUAUUUUGUGCGAUGCAUCAAGCCAAACCAUCAUAAGGAGGCAGGAGUGUUUGACAUGGAGCUGGUCAACACUCAGCUGCAUUACUCAGGCAUCAUGGAGACCAUCCAUAUCAGGAAGGAGGGUUAUCCAAUCAGACUGCACUUUCACAGCUUCCUAAAAAGGUACAAAGCCCUGCUCUGCCUGGAAGAUCCUCCGCCUGCAGACGGAGAAAACUGUGUCACCAUGCUCCACAGGCUUGGACCGGUCAAGAACGGCUCUUAUCAGCUGGGAGUCAGUAAGAUUUUCCUGAAAGAAGAGCUGUAUCAGCUGUUGGAAGGGAAGCGUGACCGCGUGCUGAACAUCGCCGCCAUGACGCUGCAGAAAUACACUCGCACAUGUUUUGUCCGCAAGAACUUUGCCAAGUUGCGGCGGCGUGUGACCCUGUUCCAGACUCGCUGCAAAGGCUACCUGGCCAGAAAAAAGUUUGCUCUGAGGAGGAAGUACCUCAUCAGGAUCCGCUCCGUCGUGCUGCUCAUCAUCAACCGCCAGCGCUACAUGAGGACAGUGGUGGAGCCUGCAAGGAAGGCAGAGGAGGAUCGCAUCAACAGGGAAGUGGUGAAUGUGACAACGCUGCCUAUCCCUGCCGAGCUGGCAGUUCUGCUACAGGCGGCUUCAGGUGGUGAAGAGCUGCAUUCGGACUGCUUGGCGGUGGUCCAGGCUCCAAAGGUUCAGGUUGACCCCCAGCUGACCCUGCCCCUGGAUAUCAACAACUACCUCAUGACGCACUACAUCCGGGCCAUAUUUAGGGAGCCGUUGUUUGGGAUGCUGACAGCCCCGCUGGAGAGUUCACUGAUUCGAAUGGAUGAGGAGCUAAAACAAGGAGCUCUGAACGUUUUCAUUCUGAUACUACGAUUUAUGGGUGACCCAAACUUGAAUGGGGCUCAGGAGAAUCUCUUUGGGAACUACAUCAUCCAGAGAGGACUUGCUAAUCCCAGCCUCCGAGAUGAGAUCCUGGCUCAGGUAGCCAAUCAGGUGUGGAGGAAUCCGAACAUUUUGAAUUCAGAGCGUGGUUGGCUCCUCCUGUCUUCCUGUCUCUCUGCCUUCCUGCCCUCUCAGAGGCUGACCAAGUACCUGCUGAAGUUUGUGUCAGACUACGGGCCGGAGGGCUACGACUGUGUGUGUCAGCACCGUCUGCUUCAAGCUCUGCAGCGGUUGAAUGUCGGGCCAGAGUACGUCCGGACGUACCCGCCCUGUCUACUGGAGUGGACCGCCAAUCGCAAGAGAGCUCACACUGUUCUGCACAUACACUGUUUUGAUGGUGUGUCCUUCCUGUGUCCUCUACACUCCUGGACAACAGGAGAAGAAAUGGCCAAAGACAUCUUACAACACAGGGGUGUGGUGGAGGGCCGUCGAGGCUGGUCGGUGCUGCUGAAGGAGCCGGCUCAGUGGGUGGAGCUGGAGGGCUCAGACUACGUCCUGGACUUGAUGUCGGACCUGGAGCUUCCUGCUGACUUCCCAAAACACAGCAGCUACUUCAUCAUCUCUGCACAGGAACCAACCAGAGUGCGGCGCAACGCCAGCAUAAGCCUGUUGGGUGGUGGAUUUGACAUGAAGGGUGAUUUCAUGUCUUCAACCAUACCAGGCUCUGAUGGGCAAGACUUGGAGCCUCAGAGAGGGAUGGAUCGUUAUCUUGACAGCCUGUUUGACCCCGUACUGUCUGAGGGAACUGGAGAAGUGGAAUCAGCUGCAGGACUGUCCAGCAGGAUGAAGGGGGCUGGGGGAGUUGGAGGAGGGUGGCAACAGCAAGGCCAGUCAACCGGCCCCCCACCUCCACCUGGAGCUGUGAGAGUCCUUCCCGUGGGAGGCGUGAUGUCGCCUCCUGUUGCUGCCGUGGCACCUGUAACACCUGAUGCCCAGCAGGCUGCUUUGGCCCAGCAGCAGCAGGCGAUCGUGAACCAGCAGGCCAUCAUCAUGGCCCAGCAGAUGACCAUGCAGGCCAUGGCCAUGGUCGGCAGCCCGGUGACGAGCCCCCCUACCACCCCGAUCACGAGCCCUCCCAUGAGCCCUCUGUUGCACCACCCUCCCAGCCCGUACGCCUUGGCCAGCCCCUACGCCGUCAUACCCCCGAGUCCAUACGCUAACAUCCCACCCAGCCCCUACGCCAACUUCACUCCCACUCCCUACCCUCCCCCCGCUCCACUGGAACAAACUCCAUCGCACCUUCAAGCUCGGCCUCCCGUGGAGCCCCAGACUCAGCCCGGAGCUCGCCCUCAGCCUCAGCGGAGCUCCACCACGACUAACAGGACCGAGCCAGCACCGCCUAAAGCCAGCGCUGCUGCACGGGUUCAGUCAGGUAAAGACAGCGCCUCUCGGAGGAAGGCUCCAAGCAUCCCCAUAAACAAAGACACACCGGCCAGGAAGUUUGCCCCAGUGGUGACGUCUCCUCCGCCCCCUGCUGGAGAGGUGGUGAAGUACUCAGCUCGGAAUACAGAUCACCUCGUCCCCAGCCAAGAUAUCCAAGACAUCAUCAAAAGGUACAACUCCCCACCUCCACCGGAAGAUCCACGGGUAUCUGACAAGAGAAGACCAGAGGGGAAGUUUAGGAAGAAGCAAACUGCUCGUGAUGAAGCUUUACAGAUCCUCAAGCCGCAGAUGGACAACCCUCCUGCUCCACAGCCCAAACGUCCUGUUGCCCCCCCGCCGUCUGCGUCUGCAAUGAAAGAGGCGGGAUUUAAACCCCCCAAGACCACAAAGACAAGACCACCUGAUCGUCCUCUCCCCAUACCUCCUCCAGUUUCUCGAGAGCUUCCUGUAGAGACUGAGACCGUCCAGACACAACUUCAUCAGAGAACCAAUGAAGAGCACUACACCUACACCAAUGUUCCCUGGAGACUCUACCUCAGAAAGGAGGUUUUCUAUCCCAAAGACAGCUUCAACAAUCCUCUGGUGCUGGACCUCAUUUUCAAACAGAUAGUGAACGACACUCUGUCAGAGGCGUGUGUUCGCAUCACCCGGGAUGAAAGGCAGAAAAUGAAGGCUCUAUUCGCUAAACACGGAGUUCAACAGAAUAUGGAUCCGGUGGAGGAGCACGUGAAGAAAACAAUCGUGACGGCUGCCAGGGAAACCUGGGAAAUUUACUUCUCCCGUCUGUUCCCUGCAUCGGGUAGUGUAGGAACAGGUGUGCAGGUGUUGUCGGUGUCCCACAACGGUAUAAAGCUGUUGAAGACGGUAAAAAGCAGCGCUGCAGCUCCAGACUACUUCAGAGUCCUACGACCCUACACCUAUGCAGACAUCCUGUUUGUCACCAUCCCUUCUGAGAACAUGCUGGAGUUCAAUCUGGCCAACGAGAAGCUGAUCCUGUUCUCAGCCAAGGCACCGCAAGUCAAACAUCUCAUAGACACCUUCAUCAAUGAGAUUAAAAAGGACUCAGAUUAUGUGAUUGCAGAGCGAAACUUUGUGACAGACGAUCGCUCGAUGCUCAGUUUUCACAAAGGUGACAUCAUCAGGCUGCAGGUUAUGGACGGGCUGGAGAAGGGUUACAGCUACGGCUGUGUGGUGAGGAAGAAGGUGGUGUUUUUGGAGGAGCUGAAAAGAGACACGCAAGACUUUGGUUGGAAGUUUGGUGCUGUGUUCGGCCGCUCCGGUGCGUUCCCGGCAGAGUGCGUCCACCCCGUCGCUCCUCCUGACUUCCUGUCGCUGCCGCUGGAUCGCAAGGCAGAGCCUCGAGGAGGGGCGGGACAGUUCGCCGUGUCAUCGGCUGUCGCUGUUGCCGUGGCGUCCACCAUGGCUGCACAUGAGAUAGAUCAAACGAUUGAGAGGGUUUCCCUUGACGGAUUUGCUGAAGGAGAUCUGGAUGAGAGGGCCUUGCAGGACAGUAAAUAUGACAUGUUGGAGUUCGCCAAGAAGUUCUUCAGACAGGGAAACAACAUGAAGGGAGAUUCGCUGAAGAGCAAAAGCAAGAACCGAGACUCCAGAGAGCCCACUGAAAUGAUCAAGUUCUCCAAGACUCCUCUGACUGAGUCUCUGAUAGAGUUUACGGACCUGGCCAUGAACAGAGUGGCAACUGAUCUCUUCCUGUCGGUGAUGCGUUUCAUGGGGGACUCUCCGUCAAGGGGAUCAACAGAACAGGAAGUGGUCAACGCUUUCCUCAAGCUCAUAGGAGAGUUCACCUUGAUGAGGGAUGAGGCUUACUGCCAACUCCUCAAACAGCUUACGGCUAACACCAGCUCCAAACCUGAUAGUUGCCAACGAGGCUGGAGGCUGCUGUACAUCCUGACCGCUUUCCAUCGCUGCUCUGAAGUCCUCAAGCCAUUCCUGCUGAAGAGCCUGCAGCAGGCUUCUCGCAGCGCUGGAGCACAAUAUCAGGGCAUCGCUAAAGCAUGUGAGCAGAACCUGAAGAAGACGUUACAGUAUGGCGGCCGCGUUGUUCCACCCAACAGCAUGGAGCUGAAGGCUGUGAUGGCGGGACGUAGUUCAAAACGUCAGCUGUUUCUCUUUCCUGGAGGCAUUGAACGUCACGUGAAAAUCAAAACGUGCUCUGUUGCCCUGGAGGUGAUUGAGGAGCUGUGUUAUGAGAUGGGUUUACACAAACUGGAGGCCAUGGAGGAAUAUGCCAUAUUUUUAGUCACCAACAGAGGUCAGAAUGUGCGUCCUCUGAACAAGCGCGAGUACAUCCUGGAUGUUGCGACAGAGGCCGAGUUAGUCGACAGCAACUACAGCUUCUGGGUCAGACGAGUCGUCUGGUCUCAACCGCUCAAGUUUGAGAACGAGCUCUGCGUCGCCAUGCACUUCAACCAGAUCCUGCCAGACUACCGUAAAGGCCUGCUAAAUGUUCUUCCACACGGAAAAGUGAGCGAUCAGCAAUUCCACCAGAUCUCCAAACUGGCAGCUUUGCAGCACAGAGCCAAAGACAUCAUCUUCAUCCCCACCAUACAUGAACUAUCAGAGUACAUCGCCACGCCUCUAUUCAAAAAGCAGCCACCCCAGCAGUGGGUUACCAUGGUGACGCAACACAUGCAGCAAGUGCAGACCCUGAACCCGCACCAGGCCAGAGCACAGUUUCUGGGACUGAUCAGCGCAUUCCCCAUGUUCGGCUCCUCGUUCUUCUACAUCCACAGCAGCAGCUCCACCACCUACUACGCCCCCUGUAUUGUUGCUGUCAAUCAACAUGGCCUCCACUUCCUGCACAAAAAUACACAUGAGCUGAUGGCAACGGUCCCCCUGGUGGAGGUGCAGUCCAGCCGCACCCAGAGGCCCACUGCUGGAACGAGUUACCCGUACGUAGACCUCACCCUGGGGGACAUGAACACACAACGGGUCACUCAGCUACAGCUGGAGCAGGGCCUGGAGUUGUGUCGAGUCGUUGCCAUGCAGGUGGAAAACAUGAUGUCUGUGCGGGAGAGGAGGCUCAUCCUGCCACCCAGCGAAAUCACCAUGUUAUAACAAAUGCUUCAUUGUACAAACACACUCACAUACAUGUAGACAAAACCCUUAUAACUAUCCUACCUCUUCUUGCCUUCAGGUGUUCUAACGUGUACCCUGAAGUCAGUCUCACUUUUACUUGAUUAUUAUUCAGCAUUAACUGGACAAAGUGCAUCCUGAAGACAGUGAAAAGUCAAUAAUGUUUCUUUCAGGUUGACACCUUUAUAAAUGCACUUAGUAUCUUAGUUUUAAUUGAUUAAACAUUAAAGAUGUUUUAAAAUGUACAGAAACUGUUACUGAACAGCGAGGACGCUUCACAGGCUGGUGCCUUGUCAUUACAAAGUUUUAUAACUGAUAUGUAACAUGUCUUUUAAUUUUUUUUAUUGAUACUGUUUAAUGUAAAACUUGAUGUCAGUGUAAACAAUUGUUGUAUUCAACUGAUAUUAAUGCAUCCACUUGAUUGUUUUGUAAAGAAUAUUUUAUCAAAAUAAAAUACGCUAUUUUAAAGAGA